GCCCCGCUCCGGCUGCAGGUAGGCGCGCGCGCCCCGGGCCCCGCCCCGGCCGGAGCCCCUCGGGCCUCGGGACCCGGCUGCGGCCUCCGCCCGCCGCGCUGCCCGGCCAUGGCCGUGUUCGACACCCCGCAGGAGGCGUUCGGGGCCCUGCGGCCCGCGUGCGUGCAGCUGACGCGGGCGCAGACGGCGGAGAACGUGUGGCGGCUGCAGGCCCGGCUGGCGGCUGUGAGCGCCCCGGCGCUGCAGCAGCUGCAGGAGUACGUGCUGUUCCCGCUGCGCUUCGCCCUGAAGGUGCCGGGGCCCAAGCCGGAGCGCGUGGUGCUGAGCGUGGUGCAGUGCGCGGCCUCGGUCCUCGCAGCGACGUGCGUGAAGAAGCCGGAGCUGCUGCAGGAGCUUUUCUCGGAGCUCUGCACGUGCCUCUCGGCCCCAGCAGGCUCGGGCACGGCGGCCUCGCCGUCCGAGGAGCUGAAGCUGGCCGUCAUCCAGGCGCUGCACACCCUGAUGCACUCGGCUUACGGCGACGUCGUCAUGUCCCUGUAUCAACCCUCCACCCUCCCUCUCUUAGGAUUUGCGGUGUCUUUGCUUCUGGGCCUAGCUGAGCAAGAAAAAGCCAAGCAAAUUAAACUCUCUGCUUUGAAGUGCUUACAGGUGCUAGUUCUGCAGUGCGACUGCCAGGAGCAUCGGCAGCUGGAUGAGGAUGAGGCACAGCACUGUGGGGAUUUGUUUGCUUCGUUUCUGCCCGGGAUUUCCAUAACCCUGUCUCGCGUUAUUACUGGAGACAUCAAACAAGGUCACAAAAGCACUGUUGCUGCCAUCAGGCUCUUUUAUCUGGUGGUUGGGUUGGUGAUGGCAGACACACAGCUAGCCAGGAUCCCAAAGAAGAAAGAAAAGCUGCCAGAGGAACAAAGCAGGAUAUCGGAAUUAAUGGUCCAUAGGGGACCCGACUGGAGUAGGAGUACUGCUGAGAAACUCUCUCUCCUCCUGCAAAAAGUAGUUGGGUUUUCUUCAGUUCACCCUCACUGGAAAGUGAGACUGGAGCUGGUGGAACUGAUCCAGCACUUGUUGAGGAACUGCAGUCGGUCUCUGGUAGACUCGUUCAGUCAUCUUCUAAAGGCCUUGGUCGGGCUGGUGAACGAUGAAAGCAGCGAAGUCCAGAGCAGGUGUAAGGAGGUUCUGCAGGGCACUGCAGAGCAGGGGCUCGUAGCACACAACAGGGCUCUCACCGAUGUCCUCUCCGAGAACCUGCAUUCCCUGGCCACAGCGCUGCCUCGCCUGAUGAACUCCCAGGAUGACGUGGGCAAGGUGGCCACUCUCAGCUUGCUGCUCGGCUACCUGAAGCUGCUGGGCCCCAAGAUCAGCUGCGUCCUCAACUCCGUGUCACACCUGCAGCGUCUGUCCAGGGCGCUGGUGCAGGUUCUGGAGCUGGACGUGACCGACGUGCGGGUGGUGGAGGGCAGGCGCUGGGGCGGGCCCGCGGGCUCCCUGGUGCCCUGCCUGCAACGGGGCGCGAGGCAGAGGAAGCAUUUCCGCUUCUUCGCGGAGGAGAGAGUGUUCCGGCUCCUGCAGCAAGUGUGUCGCGUCCUGGGCUACUACGGGAACCUGUAUCUGCUGGUGGAUCACUUCCUGGGGCUGUAUGUGGAGUCUGGGGCGUACAGGAAGCAGGCAGCCAUGGUCCUCAACGAGCUGCUGGCGGGAGCCGCGGGUCUGGCCGUGGAUGUCCUUCAGCAACGGGACACUGCACCGAGCCCGGAGGAUCUCCAGGCGUCCGUAACGUCCAUCCUCGACGAGUACACGGCCCAGGCCAACUGGUACCUGAUCACCAGCUUGGACACGGAGGAGAUGAGCCCCGAGCAGCCGGUGCAGCGCCCGGGAGGCACGCGCAGCAGCGUUCUCCUGCUGGCCCCGGAGCCGCGCGCCACCGCCCGCACCAUGAACAGCAACAUCUGGCAGAUCUGCAUCCAGCUGGAGGGCGUGAGCUGCUUCGCCGCCGUCCUGGGCAGGCAGUUCCGGCUGCUGCUGCUCUCGGCGCUCUACCCUGUGCUGGAAAAGGCUGGAGACAAGACUCUGCUGAUCAGCGAGACGGCGCUGGGGACGCUGGCUGACAUCUGCGAGGCCUGCGCUUACGAGUCCUUGCAGAGUCUGAUUAAUGACAACUCUGACUAUCUGGUGAAUGGGAUUUCCCUGAGCUUGCGCCAGCUGGCACAUCAGUCACACGCUUCCCAGGUCCUGGACACUAUGCUGAGGCAUUCAGAUGCCAGCUUGCUGCCACUGGUAGAAGAUGUCAUCCAAGACGUCCUGUCUGCGUUGGAUCAGUCUUACAGUAACCAGGCUGCCACUUUCCUCGGGGUCCUGCACUCAGUGAUGACAGCAUUAGUGCAGUGGUUUGGGUCAAGCUGCAGUGAGGAGCAGAGGCAGAGCAGGCCGGUGUCCCAGGGGCAGCGGGUGCUGACGAGGCACGAGGUGCAACGAUUCUUCCUUGACUACGUCAGACAGAAGCAGAUUGCAGAGGGCAACCUUCCUGACACAGAGGAGGAGGAGGAGGCAGCUGAGGUUCCUGUCCUUGCUAAGCCGGAGCCAGACAACUCUGCUGCGGAAGGAGAAGCUGCCCUGCCCAGCCACGCUGAGCUGGCCAAAGCUGUGCUGGAGAGGUGCAUCCACCUGCUCUCUGACAGGAGCCUCCGAGUGCGGCUCAAGGUCCUGGACGUGCUGGAGCUCUGUGUAACUGUGCUGCAUCCUCACGGAAACCAUCUGCUGCCCAUGGCUCACCGUGUGUGGCCAGCUCUCGUCACCCGCCUGAUUAGUGAUGACCCUCUGGCAGUGCUCAGAGCCUUCAAGGUGCUGUGUACCCUGGCUGACAAGUGUGGGGACUUUCUGAGGCAGAGGUUCUCCAAAGAUGUCCUGCCUAAGCUGACCAGUUCCCUCCUCAGCCAAGCCCCAGCCAGUGCCAGAGCAGGGCCUAUGUACACCCACACACUUGCCUUCAAGCUGCAGUUGGCUGUGCUGCAGGGACUGGGCUCUCUGUGCGAGAAGCUGGACAUGGGCGAGAGUGACCUGAAUAAAGUGGCAGGUGCCUGCCUGACUUACCUCAGUGCCAAGCAACCCCUGAAACUGCAAGAAGCUGCCCAGAGUGUUUUUCUCCACUUGAUGCACAUGGACCCUGACAGCACCUGGCUGCUGCUGAACGAGCUGUGGUGCCCCAGGCCAUGGCAGCCACCCCACGCCAGCCUGCGGCCGCCGCAGCUCAGUGGGAUGGGGAGGCAGCGGGACGACCUCACCGACAGCGUGCUACUGCUGCUGGACAGGCUGCAGCAGUGGGAGAGCUCAACAGAGACACCUCCACCCUGAGACACCCAGGAGCAGCAGGGAGGGGAGAGAGGAACGGCCGGGACAGAGCUCGCCAGGGAAGAGGCCCUCAGGCCCCAAAUGGUUCUGGGGCCGAGGAAGGAUGGCCCAGGCUGGGGCCCUGCUCCAGGCACCUUCCCCAGGGGCUGAGGAAGGAUGGGCCCAGGCUGGGGCCCUGCUCCAGGCACCUUCCCCAGGGGCAAAGAUGUAUUUUUAAAGCACAGUUGAGGAUGAGGUGGGGACAUUGCCCCAGGUCCUCCAGACUGGUGGUUCUCUGCACAUGGUGCUGGAGAGAAGCCCCAGGGCUGUGGCACAUCAAGUUCUUUGGUAUGAAGGGAGGGAUUUCCCCAGAAGUUGCUUCCCACCACUCAGCCCUUUGUGGUGCUUUUGUGUGCAAAAGGCCAGAUCCUGAUCAAGUUCGGGAGCAAGCUCAGAAGUGCAGAACCCAAAGCAAUAAAGUGUUGUUAC